UCUCAAAGUUCCUAAAAUUAUUUAUUUCUCAAAUUUUCGAAUUUCAAAAUUUAUAAAUAUGCUUGCAAAGUCCUCAACUUCAUAAAAUUCCUAAAUUUUCAAGUUUCACAAUAUUCGGAUUCUCAUAUCGUCAAAUUUCGUAUUACAUAGAUCACCCUAUAUAAGUUCCAUUUAAGUCUCUUCGUUCCUCAAAAAUCUGUCUUAUUGGAAAAGCGUUGUAAUGAAAAAAAUUAACGAAAUACUAACGUUGCAAUCAAAAUCACCGCGUACGUAUACGCUGUCCUUAUACAAACAUUAAAAAGCAAGUAUAAAUUAUAUGUAUGCAUACAUAUGUUACACAGAUAUCUGAUAUAUUGACCACCGCUUCAUUAAACGAUAAGUAUUAUACUUUAACACUUAAUUCGUAUAAAUAUUUUCAUAAAAAUAUUCGUAAGAGAAGGUGAUUCGUUUUGUCCCACUGUGUGUCGUGUUUAGCGCGCGUUUCGCGAAACGAUCACGAGGUGGCGGCGCAGUCGGGCCAAGAUGGCCACGCUGGAUCAAUGAAACGCGAGUAAUCAUAGUAAAAACAGAAAUUGACAAGUGUGCAAGUGAACACCAGACUUUGAUUACGGUGUAAAUGGACCAUGGGGAAGGAUCAGGAGCUGCUAGAGGCAGCGAGAAGCGGAAAUGUCACUGUGGUCGAGAAGAUUUUGGGUCAACGAGCGAAGAGGAGUGGUCCACUGGCAAGGUGGGUGUCACCUUUACGGCGGGGUCCGGGGGCUAACGUGCAGGACGCCAGUGGAUAUUCAGCCCUUCAUCAUGCAGCUUUGAACGGUCACAAGGAGGUGGUAAAGUUAUUGCUCCAAUAUGAGGCUUCCACUAACGUCGUCGACGCUAAAGGCUCUUCGCCGCUUCAUUUGGCAGCUUGGGCGGGCGACGCUGAAAUCGUGCGGUUAAUUCUUACCCAAGGACCUUCGGUACCUAAAGUGAAUCUUACGACGAAGGACAACGAAACAGCGUUGCACUGUGCAGCACAGUAUGGGCACACGGAAGUGGUGGCACAGCUGUUGCAGUACGGAUGUGACCCCAGCAUCCGCAACAGCCGGGGAGAGUCUGCGCUCGAUCUCGCUGCGCAAUAUGGCAGAUUGGAAACCGUGCAAUUACUCGUUAGUAUGUAUCCAGAGCUGAUCGUGCCCUUGCGGAACUCUUCCUCGUCCGUCAUUUUUCCUCACACUCCGCUGCAUUUGGCUUCAAGAAAUGGUCACAGAGCUGUCGUGGAGGUUUUGUUAGCAGCAGGCGUGGACGUGAACACGAGGACGUCCGCCGGUACCGCGAUGCACGAGGCAGCUCUUUGCGGCAAAAUGGAGGUGGUGCGAGCACUCCUGGAUCGUGGGGUCGAUUUGGGUAUCAGAGACUCGCGACAGAACACGGUGCUCGAUCUUCUAGGACAGUUCCCGCCGCACGUCACUCAGGACAUUACCGCGGUGAUAAAAAGGCAUAGGUCUUCCUCUGGGGUGGAGAGCGACGCCGACAGUGAAAACUUGCCACCUAUUCCGGUGCAGGGAGGCGAUUCAUUGGGCAGCCCUUACGAAAACGUUCGCCCGGGGGAUGAUCUCUCUCCGGCGGAAGGGACGUCGCCCACUCAAUGGCAGUUCUAUCAUAAGCCUCGAGACGACGAUCGCCGUGUUUCCGGCACUUCCGUUAUGUCUUUUGAAGACGAUCAGAACGGGGGACCAGUGAACGGAGUACGGAGGACCCUCCAGCUGACAGAGGACUCCGACCCCAGUUCCGUCUUCGACAGCGUCUUUAUGUCCAUGUCCGACACUCUCAACUCUAUAAAUACUCUCGAAAGUUCCGAUCAAACUCCUGACGACAAACCACAAAACACUACCACCGACAGAAUACCAUUAGCACAACGCGACACCACACGGGGUUCCGACAGCGGAUUGUACCAAACGCCACCGGUACCCCGAGGAACAAUGGAGGGUAGCUUCGUGUCGGAGGAUCUGUCCUUGACAUUACCCACGGGAUACGGGGGUGGCAGGGAGUCGGACCAAUUGAGCGUUUCCUCGUCCUCGAGCGUCGGUGGACCGAGCCCUCGGGACCGGCGUUGUUUGCCCAACGAUUCCAGCGCCGCCGGGAUUUACUUGCCAAUGGCACCCUUGUCCAGUUCUCUUCAUAGCCCUGCCUCCAACAGUAAAGUCUCGCCAACGCCUCCGAAAAAGCCACCCAGACGCAACCUGUCCGUCUCUCCGACGCACCUGCAGACCCAGAUGUCGUUGUCGGCCGAUUGCACGCUGGGUCCAAGCAACUACGAAUACUUGUUCAUGGCUCGAAGCGGGGCACGCAGCCACAUCGAUCUGGAGCAGCUGCAAAAGCGUCGGGAACAAUUACGUCACGUGACGAGAAGCGUGGACCAAUACGUGGAGAUGAAAUCGCGUGUGCCGGACGGCGAAGAGAGACGAGAGACGAACGUAGAGCCUGUCGCGAUCACGUCCAUCUACGAGAACAGACCGAUCAAAACGUUGAAUCCUCGACGGAAGUUACGCAGGCACGCGUUCGAGAAUUACGAGGCGGAGAGCAGCCCGUGCGCGGACAAGUCGCCCUGCAGCGAGACGGAUCUGUUUGCUCAGGAACAAACGUUCGUGUCGAACGCCUUCCUCACGCUCAAGUCUUCCCAGGAGAGUCUGCUGGACGAGAAACGGGACACCGUUGACGAGCAAUCGGUCCCCGAGGGACGCGAGGCGACCGACAAGCGCCUGAAACGAGUACAAAUGAUGUUACCCACCAGUCCCACACAUUACGCCCAACCACCGACGCCAGAUCAUCCUCCGCCGUCCGCGAUGCAGGCGGAAAAGUCUAUUCACGAACGGAUUCGUCCGUUGAGUCAGGUAUACAAACGAAGGUCCCGCGACAUGGAAACGGAAACCGACGAGGAUUUAUUGCAGUUUCCGGCCGGUGGUUCCCUGGACGCGUCCAGCGGAUCGUUAUCGAGCGUGUCUCUGUCCGACAAGAGCAUGUCGACGGACAACGUCGAGGAAUACUUCGGGGAUGUGCCGUUCGCAGGUCUGUUAAAAGGAUCCGUGACAGCCGAACGACCACGUACGCUACGUCGGUUGCGAAACGUUUACGGGCCAUCCGCAUGCGGAAUGGGAUCCGGCGGCGAGGGUGGAGGCGGAGAACGAAUCGAAGACGGUGAAGUUCCGUUCCGGUUGUCGGAUCGUGACCGUGAAAGAGACGAGAAAUCCCUUAGCAUAAUGAGUCCCUUCGACGAGCAGGAAGAAUGGGCCAAGAUCUCCGAGAUCAUGGCGUCCUUCGGAACAGGACUAGUCAGGGAAUCCGUCUUCGUCACUGAACUCGAGAAAGAGUUCCAGACGAGAUUAGGUCUGAGUUCAGACACCAGCAGCAGCCCCAUUGUUUCAACUUCCGUUGGUCAGUGGCUGUCAACGUUGGGCCUGGCCGACUACGAGACUCUGUUCAUAAAUUACGGUUUCGACGAUCUCGACUUCAUAAACGGAGUUCUGGACGAGGCCGACUUGAACGACAUGGGGAUCACCAGCGACCAAGAGCGAGCCGUGAUAAUGGAUGCCGUUGAUUUGCUGAACAAACGCGUGGAUAAACGUUCAGGGAACAGUCAAUCGGUGGACGAAUGGUUGAAGACUAUUCACCUGGAAAAUUACGCUGAAACGUUUAAGAAACAUUUGUACACGGACAUGGAUCGAGUGAGAAGAGUGUGGGAGGUCGAACUGGCUGCAGUGUUGGAGAUCCAAAAGCCAGCGCACCGUAAGAGGAUCCUGGCGUCGGUCAGCGGAUCUAGUGCGCGUGCGCAGAAUCGAAAUUCUGCUGGCCCUAACCUGGAGGACCUCAAUAAGGAUCUGAACACCUUGAAGACGAGUAUACAGCAACUAAAGGAGGAGAUACGGGAAAAACUACCGGAAACAACGACGGAGGGUAAUGGCGGUGCGCCGAUAGCCGGAACGAAUUCGACUACCACCGGUACGUUAAGGCACCGUAAAAACAGGCCAGCCCCGCAGCCACCCCAACGACCCAGUUCGCAUAAUGGGGCGAUCCCGGCACCGGAACAACUCGAGAUCAGGGCACCGUCGGAGUUGUUGCUCGGUGUGCCAUCAACCCUCAAGACGCAAUGGAGGCACCAGCCAAAAGCUCUAGUCACCGGCUGCGUCACCUACGUUGCCAACUAUCUGGGCUCCACCGUCGUGAAGGAGUUGCGUGGCACCGAGUCGACCAAGAAGUCCAUACAGAAGCUGAAGAAAACGUGCCGUGAACCGAGAGUCACUCCCGAUAUCUCCCUGGCGAUUUCUUAUCGCGGUGUUCGUUUUCUCAACACGGUGACUAACGAGCCGAUUUGCGAGCACGAAAUUCGCAACAUUCACUGCGCCUGCCAGGAUGCCGACGAUCUAACCCAUUUCGCGUACAUCACCAAGGAUCAUGCCAGUCGUACGCAUUUCUGCCACGUCUUUUGCGUACCAACUAUGGACCAAGCGACCGAGGUGAUCCUAACUCUAGGCCAGGCCUUCGAGGUAGCCUAUCAAAUGGCGCUGAGGGACAAGCUAGGUAGUCACACGGUCCGUUCCCAGUCCGCCAACCAGUUGACGACGUUGUCCAAGUCUCCAGCGCCCGUCAAGAUGUCCAUCUCACCGGAUGCGGCUCCAGACGCCAACCGGGAGCACGAUCAGCCUUCCGUGCAAAUCACGAACGCGAACUGUUCCAAUCCAAAGCUAAAACCACGGUCCAAGUCGUCCAUUCCCAAUCCGAUCGUCCAAUCCGUGGUUCCCAGUCUCGGCCAUGACAUGAACUCGAAUUCGAGUUCCGGAUCAAGCACCACCGCGAAUUGCACCUCGAGUUCGAAUCCCGCCACCAGUCCCAGCACGAAUUCCGUCAGUAGCUCGAACUCGAACACCAGCACCAACCAGACAGCUAAGCCUCUGGUGACCCACGGCAGAUCCCAUUCGGUGAACGAUAUCAAAAUAAACGGGAACCAACUGAAACUGGCGCCGACGCCGGUCGACGAUAUCGGGAUAGGCGUGAAGGACAUGAAGCCCGGUUCCAGAGCCCCGAUCGCCCUGUCCGAGGAACUUUAGAGUCCGGGGUUCUGGUCCGAUAUCUGUUCCGGAAUUUGGGAUUUUCUGGAUUGCAGGAACCCUUGAAGAUUCCUUUCUCACGUCGCGAGACGCGAUCGUUCUCGACGGAUGAUCGAUAGGUAGACGAUCGUUGUUCGAACGAGCUCGUGACGGGAUGACCGUCGUUCGGAAGGGCCCGAUGCAAAUCGUUAACGCGAUCAGUCGGUUUCUCAAGCGACGCUGUAGAGUCGAACACGAGUUGAACUCGAAUUUGGAUCUUGGUCCUCGGUCAGGAUUAAUCACUGUUACGCGACACGGGUGCCCGUGUUUUUUUUAUCUUUCGAACUUUUCUAGUAGCCUUACACGUUUUUACGAUUACUUUUCGCUCGCCCGGUGUGAACCGCCGGCGAAGAAGCCAGUUCGGGUAAGUAAGCGAAUUUCGAAUUUUUUUGCCAAACUCUGCGCCUCCGGAACCGCGUUGCGACCCUGAAACGGGAUGACACUGUGAUUUUCUACGUCGAGGGCAUUAGAGGACCGAGAAGACUCUGGAGGGCAACCGUGUGCUCAUCUUUUACACAUUUCGCGCGGCUCGUGCAACGAGAUUAAAUGUCGGAAGGGGCGAACCAGGAAAUGUUGCAAACGAGGCGCUACUCUCGCCAACAGUAUUAUUCGAGUAACAUAGUGUUCUUCGGCAUGAAGUAUGUAGAUAUUUUCUAGGUAUAGCGCACGACGUUUUGUCGGCACGGAUGGCUAACAUCGACGUAUAAAUUAAGAAACGAAGAUAAAUUAAUCGAAGACCUUCGUGCACAAAAGGCAUUUACGAAACACGCAUAUACAUUCCCGUGGCAGGAAGAAAAGAUGCAGGCGAGUUUCACGAAUUCGCGAAUGCUCAAUUUUCAUCCCGUGCAAUCAAUCGAUAACGACCGAUGAGACUGAACGAAUUUUCUCUUCGAUCCGUGGAUUUCCGCAUCAGGUUUCGUCCACGGGUCGCUACCGUUUCUGUCGACGUUCUCAUCAUCCAAGACUGACAGUCCUUAUCUCCUUUUGUAUUUCACGUUUAAGCGUUUGCGCGCACGCACGUAUUAUAGUCAAACAAGAAAAAAAGACAAAAAAAAAAA